AUGUCGUCUGAUGAUGAGGAUGUGUUUAUGUUAUAUUGGUGGCUUCGUAACAAAAAAAAGAAACGUAGGUAUUGGAUUCAUCCACUUUUAAAAGAUAAACAGCAUAGUAGCUAUGUAGUUGCAAAGGAAUUAACCGCCGAUGAGGAUAAAUUCCAAAGUUUCUAUAGAAUGUCUCAAGUUGCUUUUCAUCGUUUAGUGCAGUCAGUUGGACCACAUAUAACGAAGAAAGAUACUAACUGGAGAAUGGCUUUGGAACCAGAAGAAAAACUCAUAAUAACAUUGAGAUAUCUGGCCACAGGCGGCAGCUUUAGAGCUUUGGCUCACUACUUCGUAAGAGGUGAAAGAACAAUUGGUAUGACUGUCGCAGAAACAACUGAAGCUAUAUGGACCUGUUUACAUCCAGAAUGGUUACCUGUUCCAGAUACAAAUGCAUGGAAAAACAUUUCAGCACGUUAUCAACAACUAUGGAGUUUGCCUCACUGUUUGGGAUCGAUUGAUGGCAAGCACAUAAGAAUUAAAAAAUUUGGAAAUACUGGCUCACGUAAUUUCAAUUACAAAGGUUAUUUUUCUGUUCAACUUAUGGCGUGUGCAGAUGCAGAUGGUUGUUUUGUUACUAUUGAUGUAGGCGAUCUUGGUAGAAACAGCGAUGGGGGAGUUUUUCGUUCAUCUCGUUUAGGUCGAUGGUUGCAAGCUGAUGGUCUUAAUUUACCACCACCAGAACCAUUACCACUUGACGAAAACGAACACAGCUUCCCUUAUUAUUUUUCAGCAGAUGAGGCAUUCCCUCUUAAAACAUAUAUUAUGCGACCAUAUCCUAGAAGCUCUUUAACAGAUAAGCAACGAGUUUUCAAUUUUAGGCUGUCUUUAGGUCGUAAGACAGUCGAGUGUGCGUUUGGAAUGCUCACAUCUAAGUUUCGUGUGUUUGAAACGCCUAUAGGUUGCUCAGAAAAAACCGUGAUAUCUAUUAUAAAAUGUGCAUGUGUUUUGCAUAAUUACAUUCGCAAAACAGAAGGAAAAAUGUAUACGCCAAGAAAUGAUGUUAAUAUUGAUGAAGACACUCCUAUGCCAAAUGUAAACUUAGAAAUAAACAGAAACGUUAAUUUAACGACAGCAAAGGGAAUGAGAGACUACCUCAGUGAUUACUUCUUAAAACCUGGUGUUGCUAUUCCACCUCAAUGGUUAAGAAUUGUGGGAAGUAUAGAGUAA